CGUGAGAGAUUAAGGCUGGUGAUAGUGAGCUGUCACCAGGUAAGAAACAGGUCGUGUUCAAGGAUGUGGAAAGGGUAUUGAGGAGACCUGCCUUCCCACUCUUCGCCUCGAUUGACACGUACUCGCCGAACUUUGCAAGGCACACAGCGCGUCAUACAUACGGUUAGUCGCGUCUGGCGUAAGCGAGAAGCUCAGUAUGGCCGUCAUUACCGCGGAAAGGCAUGUUGUUGACGAGGUGUAGUUGGCUUUGCAAAGGAACGCGUUGUGAAAGCUUGAUGCUCCGACGUCACUUUAUCGCGAAGUAUCAACAGAUGCGCAACAUCGCGGACGAGCUAGCAAACCCUUUCAGACAUCACUCACACGGCAAUCUUGACGCGGAAGCACGAGUAGGUGUAUGAUAGUUAAGCAAGCGCGAUGGCUACUGAACAUGCCGAGCUCGCUCUCCCAGCGGACCUAUUCCAUCUCCUGUGCGAAGAGUUGGCUGCACGGGCAGACUAUGAUACCCUCUCCAACUGCAUAGCGAGCAGCAAACACAUUGCUAAAGCUGGCGCGAUCGCUGCUCUCUAUCGCAUCAGCCUGGGCGAGCGGUCGCCUCUCAAAGGUGGCGGUAGCGACAAUCUGUCGUUUCCGGAGCAGGAUCUCGUGGUGAUGCGAUGGUCGAUACUGUGGCGUACCCUUAUUCUAUCAGCACUCGGCGGGACACUGUAUCCUUACUGCCGUCACCUGCGAGUCCUCGAUCUUCGAGAUCUGUCUGACCUACUUGACCGGAUGGACGAGGCCAAGUUCAAGACCAAAGUCGCGAAGCACUUCUUCGCUGGUCCGUUGGGUCGUUUUCAUUACACCUACCAGACCACCGGAAAGCACCGCUUUGUCCGACUGGACAUCAAGCGAAUCCUUCUCGAAGUCGGCGACCAGCUAACACAGCAUGCGCCGCUUCUAGAGAGUAUAUCAGAGCCCAGUACUUCUGAUGUCUUGUCAAGCGCACUACCGCUGUGGGCAUCAAGGCUUGGACAUCUGCUCGAACUGGAAUUGUGGGACGGUAAGGCUCUCGCAGACGAAAGCCUCCGCAACCUGCUGCAUGUGCACUGCCCGAAGCUGAACCAGUUGCGCAUGCACCACUCCUCUGGCGAGCAUUCGGACCAGUGCAUUGCGGCUUUCGUUUCUGGCUUACCUCCGGACACUUUGAUCGCGUUUGAGAAUAUCAGCCUCAGCCAAAUAGGCCCAGAGACCUGUCUGGCGUUGAACAACCACGGCAGGAGCCUGGUGUCGCUCAAGCUUGCACUCGAAGAAGACGGAAUUCUGGCACUAGGACUUCUUCAGAGCUGCACGCGAAUGCGGAUAUUGGAGAUCGCAGCUCUAAGGACUUCGGUAGAUCUUAAGACCACACAGAAUGACGUCUUUGUCGAGAUUGUCGAAUGGCUAAAGCAGUGUGAUGCUCUCACCGAAGUGCAAUUUACCAGCAUCAUCUCAGCGCCUGAUCUACUGCUUCCGGUCCUGCUCAACAGCAAUGUCAAGCUCCGCAGCCUCGCUAUAACGGCGAAAGAAGACUUGAUGUAUGUGGUCAAAGAUCAUCACGACUUCCACAGGGCUUUGGGUCGGCAGUCGAGCCUGCACAGCCUCACGCUACGCGCUGAACCAGAACCGGUUACUCGCGACGAUAUGGAGAUUUUAAUGAAUACGUUUUGCUCACUCGUCCAUCUCCGCGAUCUGAACCUUCACCGCAUAUCAGACUAUAUUAGCGAUGACCAUGUAGCUUUACUUGCUCGAGCAUUGCCACAGCUAGAGUCGUUCAGCGUCGGUGGAUACGGAAUCUCCGAUAUGGCACUCGCCAGCGUAGCCCAGCUGAGAAAGCUGACUACCAUGACGUUCGCUGGUCUUACCAGAUUCACCGUAGAUGGAAUACUGGGCUUCAUAGAGCAACUUGGGGCCGGCAACGAAGGCUUGGUGCUCUCGAUUGAGAUGGCACAACCAGAUUCGAUAAUCUCUGAAGAGGGCCAGGAGAUAUUACGCGAGGCUAUUGCCCAUAAAGUGAACGGCCGGUUCGAGUAUCAGCCGCUCCGAGAUCCAGACGUUCCGGAAUUUGAUGGCAGUGACUCUGAGUAAAAGCACAGGGUUGUCUGUCAAAUGCUCUUGAGUUCGUGGUACAAACUUGGAGGUCCACAGUCAAGCGCACAAUGACGUCAAGCCUAGGCAUAUCGGUAAACUGCAAGAGCGUCUCAACAUGGAGCAGGGUAGGACAAUGAAGCGAAUACUGAUCGUUGCGGGCUCGGAUAGCUCUGGAGGAGCGUGAGUGAAGCGAAUUAUACCAAGAAAGGGUGCCAC